AGAUGGCGAGUGAAUCGCCAACAGAAAAUAACACAAAUGGAACAGAACCCUCCAUACAGACUUUAAUCAAAAAUCCAUCAAGGUCGACUGUCACUACCACGUCUCGCUAUGGACCUAAUGAAGGCAAAAUGGUCAAUCGUUCCAUGUCUGGGGACCAUCUGCAGACGAGUAACCAGAGCAGUACGACAACGACUCGCGUAAGCAAAACGACCUCGACCUCGAGCAGUGCGACCAGCCACCAAAGGGUGCACGUCACCAGCGACCUCAAAGCUUCGAACAUGAAAUCCGACCUGGUGGAACUGAAGAAUAACCUGAACGACAUGAAGAGCAGCCUGCCGAACACGCUGAUCAAACUGAAAAGCUCCCUCGAGAACCUGGUGGACGCGGACGACGUCGUCGACAUGGACGAGCCGCUGGUCACGUUUCCGGACGAUACUCCGGUGCCGUCAGAGAUCGGAUCGCCCACCAACGUCGUGGACACGUUGAAGUUCGAGCAGAAGACGAUGAACAACUAUAAGAAAACCUCGGUAUUAAAAGACGGUAUUAGUGCGGAAAAGGAAAGUGCAAAAUGUGCCGACAUGAAGAAACUGCAGGCAGGCGACAUGUCGUACGAAGAAAACAGAGCUGCCGCCGCUAUUCGUGCCAAAUUGGAGAUGGACGGAGUUUCCGCGGAAAAAACACACCAUUCUGCCAAAGAAGCGAGAUCUCUGAAAGCCGGCGAUCUAAGCCAACAGGAAUCCAAAAACAUGGCGCACACGAACAUGAAAGUGACGACGGACACGUUCAGCAGUGAACAGAAAGCGAUGGAGUCGCAAAUGCAACGGCAGACGGUCACUGCGAGCGGCAACUACAAACAGGAGAAGCACAGCUCCAGCUCUAGUCACAUCUUCUCCUCUUCGACCAAAGGUCUCGCGACGUCUGCUACCUCUAUACUUCAGGCUGCCACCAGACAGUUUCAGCUGAUGAACGGCAAUCCCGAGGACGAAAUCCUGGCCACUUCUCUAGACGACCUGGACAGCUUAUCCGCCGCUUCAAAUGUCCAGGAUAUCGAACGCGCUAUCCACAAAUACUCCACAUACCUGGACGUAUCCAUCCGCUGCUUGCAAAAGCUGGAUCAAAGCAAGAACGCCCCGCAAUUGCUUAACAAAAUCAACGACGUCAUGUGCAAAGCGUGGGCGGUGCCCACUUUCGGGCACGAACUCGGCUACACGCUUUGCAACGCGUUAAGAAACUGCGGGGGAUUGGAUCUCAUCAUGAAUAACUGCACCAAGGGCGAUAAGGAGCUGCAGUUCGCUAGUGCCAGGCUGUUGGAGCAAUGUCUGACAGCCGAAAACAGGGCGCAUGUCGUCGAGAAUGGAUUAGAUAAAGUUGUAAACGUCGCCUGCGUUUGUACGAAAAAAUCCAAUUCGGUGGAUCAUUCAAGAGUUGGAACUGGAAUCUUGGAACACCUCUUUAAACAUAGUGAAGAAACUUGUAGCGACGUGGUGAGACUAGGAGGUUUAGACGCCCUGCUGUUUGAAUGUAGAAAGAGCGACGUUGAAACCUUGAGACACUGCGCUGGAGCUUUGGCAAACUUAAGUCUUUACGGUGGUGCAGAGAACCAGGAAGCUAUGAUCAAGAGAAAGGUUCCGAUGUGGCUGUUCCCCUUAGCAUUCCAUACCGACGACAAUAUCAAAUACUACGCUUGCUUGGCGAUAACAGUACUAGUCGCCAACCCGGAAAUAGAAGCCGAGGUGCUCACAUCAGGCACUUUGGGCUUGGUGGAGCCUUUCGUCACGUCGCACAACCCCUCGGAGUUCGCAAAGUCCAACCUGGCGCACGCGCACGGUCAAAGCAAAACGUGGCUGAAAAACUUGGUUCCUGUGCUGAACUCUAAGCGAGAGGAAGCGCGAAACCUCGCCGCCUUCCACUUCUGCAUGGAAGCGGGCAUCAAGAAACAGCAAGGCAAUACUCAAAUGUUCGCUGAGAUCGGCGCGGUGGAGCAGUUAAAAAAAGUAGCCAGUUGCCCGAACGCGGUCGCCUCGAAAUAUGCUGCUCAAGCGUUGAGGCUGAUCGGAGAGGAAGUGCCGCACAAGUUGAGCCAGCAGGUGCCUCUGUGGUCCGUGGAGGAUGUCGAGGAGUGGGUGAAGCAGAUCGGGUUCUCGGAGAUCGCGCCCAGUUUCGUGGAGAGCCGGGUGGACGGGGACCUGCUGUUGCAACUGACCGAAGAUAAUCUCAUGGCGGAUAUUGGACUCACGAAUGGCAUCAAGAGGAAAAGAUUCACCCGUGAAUUGCAGAAGCUCAAAAAGAUGGCAGAUUACACAUCUCGAGACACAGCAAACAUCAAUAACUUCCUACAGUCGCUUGGUGCUGAAUUCUCGAUAUAUACCUACAGUUUACUCAACGCUGGCGUUGAAAGGAAAGACUACCUUCUUAAGAUCUCAGAAGACCAACUGCUCAAAGAAUGUCAAAUCGAAAACUCAAUUCACAGGUACAGGAUAAUGGAAGGUAUCCGUCAGCUGGAGAAUGGCUUGGACAACGGCCUAACCGAGGACAACAUCGACAAGCCGCUGGACGUGUUCGUCAGCUAUCGACGAUCGAACGGCUCGCAAUUGGCCAGCCUGCUCAAAGUCCACUUGCAGCUGCGAGGCUUCAGCGUGUUCAUCGACGUGGAGAGGCUGGAGGCGGGCAAGUUCGACAACAAUUUGCUGCAGAGCAUACAGAAGGCCAAGCAUUUUCUGCUCGUGCUGACGCCCGGCGCGUUGCAGAGGUGCAUAGGAGAUCAGGAGCGAAAAGACUGGGUGCACAGGGAGAUUGUGGCGGCUUUAUCAGCGAACUGCAACAUUAUUCCAAUAAUAGACAAUUUCACCUUUCCCGAACCAGACGAGCUACCGGAAGACAUGCGUCAAGUAUGUCAUUUCAACGCAGUCCGAUGGAUUCACGAUUACCAAGACGCGUGCGUGGACAAACUUGAAAGGUUUCUUUGGGGCUAUGAGGUCACUGCUGGUUGAAAGGCACAACAACCUAUCAUACACACAUCCUAAGCAUGUUAAUUUUUAUCAAUAAAGUGAAUACUUUCUCGAAAUGUACCUUUAUUUUCGCUUGCUACGAUUAGCGUUUAUCAUUUCAACGACAAAGUGGAAGAAGUUAAUUCUCCUCUUUUUUCCUUCCCAGAAUAGUAAGGAAAAGCUUGCAAAGACGAUUUUAACGGGACCGUCAAUAGUCACUUGUUGUUUUUCAUAACGGUGAUCUCUAUCGAAACGAAAGUACAAAUAACAAUGUUCAUGCGCGGCGAACUUAACUCUCGCGGCCUGGACAGUUGCAACAACCUGAUGAAUCGUCUCGGCAAGGGCGACAUCACGCCCGGUACGCCGUCCAAUCCUAACCUCGUCAGGCAGCCGCCCAGCUACCAGCGAAUGCACAGCAACGAUUCUGGCAGCGGGAAGGGCAGCGAUAAGGACGUCAGCAGCAGAGAUUGACUAGACGGGGUCGUUAGGGGGCCAGCCAGCGGGGCUGUGCAAGUGGCGCCCACGCCGUUACCCAGUUCUGCUCCGUAGGUUCUGCCGCGCGCACAGCCCUGCGCGCAGCUGGAUCAUCAACGGCAGCGAGCGGUCUCGCGCCGGCGCAGCGGCCGGCCUGCCUCCCGCCCGCCCCCGCAGGGCGAGCAAUCACGUCGCCCCCGUUGUGUCUCAGUUGGCGCUGGCCAGUCAUCCGCCCGCCUCCGACGGUCAACUCAAGCCGGGACGAUCGAGAAGUCUGGACGGUUUGUUAGACGGACCCGAGGUGAAAGAGCAGCUGGCCACGGCGGCGGCGGCGGGAUCGCCUUUGAAGGCCCAGAAUGGUUGGGCCAUGACUGAACACACCACUCCGUCCCACCCCCAAGCAACGCAGAGCUGCGACGAUUUGGACACGAAACGCAGUCUGAGCAGCAGCAGCAGCAGCACCAGCAGUACCACAGACGAUGACCGCAUAGACACUAACAGUGCUGACGACAAAUCUUCCGUACACAGUGAAUCGAGCGACUCGAAAAACAAGAAGAACUUUGUAGGUCGAUGCGUUAAUCGGAUGCGAUCGCUUAUAAGAAUGUGAGGACCUCUUCAAAUGCACAGGCUCCUAGCAUAUCCCCAAGGCUUGCCAAUUGCGGAAUGUACAAAGCAACCAGCACAAAAAGAACAUAUGCAAUCGAUAAAUAGUAUAUUUGGUUGUUACUGCGUAAGGACGUGAAGAAAGAUUACCUUGUUUAGAACCCGUGACCACCAAGUCUUUUUGUGUAGAUUGUGGCGUUAUUUUAUGUUUGUACAGGGCUUCGUUCAAGAAAUUAGUGCUUAUCGUACUUAUCUUACAUAACAUUGCAGGAUUAUUUUGUUUAUCGAAAAAAUUACAUUCAUGAUGCCCGGCUACGUCUUCACCUAAAUCAGUUUUCAUUGGGCUUCCGGAAAGAGACUAAUAUUAAUUUAUUUGUCAGAUAUCUCACAGAAUUGAUCUCAUUGUAUCUGCGCUAGCAUCCGAUGAUCGUAAGUCAGCCUCCUUUAAGGAUGGGUGCUAAGGCCUGAGAAAUUCCACAUCCAGCCCUUAUAAAGGGCUGCAAGACAUCGUCUCCUCUCCUUUGAUACCCUGGCUGCUGAAGAGCCAAGUGGACACGUAGUACUGUCAUUGAUUAUCCCUGUAGCUUCACUAGCAUUUUCUGUUGCAUGUUUGCUACGCCGAUAUGGCAGAGAUCCUUGCCGAGCAUUUUCCUAAGUUGUUUGGAUGGAAGACAACGUGGACACCUCCCUGCAACCUUACAGGCUUUCUACAAGACCUAAAUUUGGUACUCGCACCUUCAUGUCGACAUUUAAUUUCCGUCCAAUUAUGACGUCCAACAUCGCAAGUGCUGCACCAUCUCGUUUCCAACCUUAAUUUCUUUUCAGUGUUUCCGCGCACUACCCUUCAGUCCCCACUGAUUUUAAUAGUCUAUGGUCCGUUCCUUACCGUGUUUGAGAAAUGAUUUAACACACGAGUCAUCCACAUACUGCGAGAAAAUAGUUCUCGCAAUGUAGCCUUUUGGAAGGUCCAACACAGUCCCAAAAUUGACCCUUGCGGCACACCGUUCACUAAUUCCCGUGAACUUGAUAAAACGUUCAAAGUUUUCCGCCGUCAUUUGAAAAACACAGGUUUCUGUCCGCGCACGUUGGUACCGUGGUGUGUGCCUACGAGACGGCGUGGCGUAACUAGAAAGCGAUUGGAGAUGCCUUACCAAUCCGGUUUGUUUCACUUGAUUGAUAAAAAUAUAAAACUUCUCAACUCUACUGACAUUUAAAUGUAGAUUGCUCAAGUACGUUCAUUUUUUAUCUUUCUGAUGAUGCUCAACAACAUAUAUCAAUAUGCUUUUUUCAUGAUGUUUAUAGGAUCGCUGCAAAAAUAUUUAAUCGAGGACUAAUUACACUUUUUUUUGAACUGAGCUCUAUACAAAGCAAUACUAGCAGCAGCUGAAAUCGGUCGAGAUGUACAUAUUGUAUAUUUUUUUACUAUUUUUUUUUUCUAGCUACUUUUCACAUAAAAUCGCACUUCAAUGUUUCUGUUCAGCACCGAAAAUAUAAUCCGUCAGAUUUUACGUAAUACGUUAAACAGAUCAGAACAAAUCAAAGCAUUUUGUGAUAUUCUAUUUGUUUGUAGGAUAAGAUAACACUUAAGCAGGAUUUCGUACAUUUCGCGACUUUUUACGAUGAUCCAAAAAUAUUCAAAUCACUAGCUUACAUUUUGAAUGAUCCAGUCACUAUUAAAGUUCGCCACUAGCUUGUACACUGAAGGUUUUAUAAAAAAAAAUAUGAUUCAUACAACGAUACUCCAUCGAUCUAUAAGCUUAAAUUCACCAAGGUGCCUCUUUCAAUAUAAAUAAAUAAAUGUAACGUGUCCACAUUUUUGCAUUACAUAAAAUAAAUGCUACUUAGGAAUAUUUCGGUGUGUACUAAUGAUUUUUUUGAAAAGACCAAACACUGGAUGGAAUUGAGUGUGCAAAAUGUGGGGAACGCAGUUUAUGAACAGAUUUUUUAAAUCCCCUUUCCUCUCAAAUCAUGACAAAAAAGAUUUUACAGGAUUUAUACACAGCGUAUUUCUAGCUAAACCUUGGGGUCUUGUAGGGGAAGGUUUUAGCUUCAAUUUAGUUACCUGGCAGUCGCAAAAAUAAUUAUUGUUAAACGAGUUUUUAGUCAGUGAAGAUGAGCAUUUUUAGGGUUUUACAAACAGCUCUGAAACGACAAACUUUAGAGAAAAAACAUCUAUUUUACUGAUUUCUUAUGGUAGGGUAUUAAAAAAAAAUCGAUCAAAACGUGGCUCCCUCAAUCCUUGCGCGUGGUUCUGGUUACUUUUACUAUAUUUCACAUCUAAAUAGUACACAUGCUUUCUACACAACAAAAUAAAUGAUUCGAGCACGAAUUCUCAACCUGCAUAGUGAUUCAUAUUUGCUUGCCUAAGAGUUUUUUUCAUCUCAAAUUUUUAUUUCAAACGAAAAGAUCCUUUAGCAUCAUACGAUAUUUUUAUACAAGCUCAAUGCUGGGUAAUUGUUAAAUCUUUGUUGCGAGAUUUUUUUCUCUUGGUGUCGAAGAUGAAAAGUAUUUUACAAGUGUUGUCAAAUCGAGUCGUUUUUAUAUGCGUUUCAAUAUUUGACAUAGCCUGUAUUUUUAUUAUUUUAUAAUGUGUUUUAACAUGUACAGUUUUCUUGAAAGAGAAUGUUAGCGCUACCGAAACUUGCUUGUAAUUUAUAUAAGCAAGGCGAGAGGUAUUUUAAUGUAAAAAUUAUGACAAGCAUCAUUAUACGGAUUACGAUUUUUGGUAAUUAUUUUUAAUGGUGCAGUUGUUUUAAGAUUUUAUUAGUUGUAAUUUUAUAUAAGUAUAUAGUUG